AUGACAGAUCAAAUCCAGCCAUAUAAAAUCUCCAUUCCGGACGAGAGUCUCAAAGAUGUCCAACAACGUUUGGCGCUAGCCAGGCUACCCACUCAGCUUGAGUCUGAUGAGGAAGACCUUUGGAAUUGUGGAACUCCCGUCAAGGAUGUGCAGCGUCUGGUGGAAUAUUGGAAAAAUGGAUUUGAUUGGCGGAAAGCAGAAGCCAAGUUGAACGAGCUGCCCCAGUAUCAAACGCAAGUCCAAGUUGAUGGGUUUGGCAACUUGGACAUUCACUAUAUCCAUCAAAUCAACACGAACAAAGCUGCAAUUCCUCUACUGUUCAUCCAUGGAUGGCCUGGAUCUUUCAUCGAAGUCUCGAAGCUUCUCCCGCUGUUGAAGGGAGACGACAACCACCCUGGGUUUCAUAUUGUGGCACCAUCGCUUCCAAACUUUGGCUUCUCCUCAGGUGUGACUCGUCGUGGAUUCGGCCUUGCACAAUACGCCGAAGUUCUCAACAACCUCAUGAUCAAGCUUGGCUAUAACCAAUAUGUGACCCAAGGAGGCGACUGGGGCUUCUGGAUAACAAGAGUCAUUGGACACUUGUAUCCAGAGCAUUGCCAAGCAUCUCAUAUCAACUCGGUACUAGGUAGACCCCCUCAAUUCGCCAGCAACCCCCUGUUAGCACUUCAACACACUAUGCUGCCAUACAGCGAUCGGGAGAAGAAGGGCCUUGAACGGUCCGACUGGUUCAACAACGAAGGCUUCGGGUACAAUAAGCUGCAAAGUACCAAGCCACAAACCAUUGGCAUUGCACUGCAAGACAGUCCUGUUGCCCUGUUUUCGUGGAUCUACGAAAAGCUCCACGAUUGGACAGACUCUUAUCCCUGGACAGAUGACGAGAUCCUGACCUGGGUCUCAAUCUACUGGUUUUCCACUGCGGGACCAGCGGCUAGCGUUCGAAUUUACUACGAAUGCAUGCACGCAGGUCCCAUCAAGGGGAAGACACUCGAGGACUUGCUGGGAUAUAUUCCAGUCAAGCUUGGAAUCACACACCUCCCACGUGAAAUAUGUAUCGUGCCUAGCUCUUGGGCUGCUGUGCUGGGUCCUCUUGUGAGAGAAAGUGAGCAUGCUCAUGGUGGUCACUUUGCCGCCUGGGAGGUUCCCAAGAUUAUUGUUGAGGAUUUGCAUGCCAUGUUCAAAAAAGGUGGACCUUGCCAUGGGAUAAUUGAGGGCAAAGAAGGGUAUUAG